AUGCGCAUCGAAAUCCUUGCCCUCCUCGUCUGGAGCUUGACAUCCAACAGCAUGGCCUCACACAAUGAACACGAACGCCAAAACCGGACCUUGACCCAACUGGAACAAAAUCGCCUAGCAGUCGAACAAAUGCCUCCAGCCUGCAGCCUCCCCGCCUGUCUAGGCCUCAGCGGCACAAUCACCUGUAUAGUCUCAGCCGCCACCAGCGGAGAUGCAGCGGCAUUGCAAAGAUGUCUCUCUGGUGGCUUAACCGAGAUAUGCUCUUGUGCGGCCUGCAUCCCAUCUGUUAUCAAUUUCCUGACUUCUCUGGGUAUCUGCGUGGCAUCUGCAUCGCCUGAGAAUUCGACUUCCUUUGUUGAUACAUGCUACUACUCCGAAUCAUUUUAUUUCUACAACUAUAACGGUGACUCCGAAGACUUCGCAUCCUGA